AUGCCUCUUCCCACCGACAAAAAGGUUGUUGAUACCGGAAAGGAACUCCUUGGUAUCUUCAAGGACCUCGCUGCACACGCCAAGGGAAUCCUCCUCAAAGGCUCGUUUGUGCCCACGGCCGAGGCCGCAGCCCUCUCGCGCGCACCGCAUUUCAACCAGGCCUCCACACCCGUCAUUGUGCGCUUCUCCUCCUCGACCGACAUUCCUCAGAUUCCGGACAAUGAUCCCAACGGCAACCCUCGCGGGUUCGCACUUCGCUUCGUCCUCGCCGAGAAGCCGCGCCGCCAGCACACAGACAUUAUCGCCCACAGCACGCCAUUCUUUCCAGCCGCCACGCCAGAAGAAACCCUAGCUUUCUUCAAGGCCGUUUCAGGCGCCGGAACCAAUCCAGAUGCUUUCUCUGCUUUUGUGGCCGCCCAUCUGUCUGCGCAGGCGUUCCUAGCUGCGCCCAAGCCAACGCCGUCCGCCUUUACCCACGAGACGUUCUAUAGUGUCAACGCGUUCAAACUGAUCAACGCCGCCGGCAGCGAGAAGUACAUCCGCUAUCGUGUCGUGCCCGUCGCUGGCGUUGACAACCUCGACGAUGCGGCUGUGAAGACAAAGAGCGCGACGUUUUUGUUCGAUGGCGUGCGAUCCCAGAUCCAGGCAGCCUCUGCGGCCAGGGAGCCCAUCCGCUUCCGCCUGGUAGCCCAGGUAGCUCAGGAUGGAGAUGUCACUGACAACAACACGGUGCACUGGCCAGACUACGGUCCUGAAAAGCGGAAGGAGGUCACGCUCGGCGAGGUCACUCUGAACUCCUUGGUGGAGGAUGAUGCCGCUGAGCAAAAGUAUCUCAUAUUCGAUCCUGUGCCGCGUGUGGACGGUAUAGAGUCGUCGGAAGACCCACUGCUAGACUUGCGUGCUGCGCUGUACCUCCUUAGUGGACGGGAACGCCGUGCUGCCUCAAGUGAGAGGGGUGGGGGUGAGUGA